AUGCUCUGGAUGACCAAGAUCAUGAGGAGUGUAGACGUCAUGAUUUGGAGAUAUCUACCACGAUCCAGCCGUAAGGCUGCGGAUCUCGGACUACGACGCCAGAUCCAGGACGAUCGGCAAGUGGAAGAGCCCGAUGAAGGCUUGCGGGAGGUAGAUCAAGAUGGAUCUUGCAUCAACAUGCUCCAGAUGUCCAAAAUCGUCGGGAUUUGGGGUGUAUGGGUCCCGAUGCGGAGAGAUCUAGCAAGAUUCUGCCAUAGAACCGUGAAUCCCGGACGACGACACCAGAUCAAGGACGAUCGGCAGUUGGAGUAUCAUGAUGAAGGUUUGUAG